AAUCCCGGGCUUUCCACGGAUUCACACGCUUGAACUGCGCCAUUGCUCUCCUGAAUUCCUGUACUCUGUCUUCUUUAGCAUGCAUUUUCCUCGCCUGUCGGACCUCACCAUAGCAACUGAGAGCAGUCUGGGUUCACGUGACCGGUCGUUCGACCCAGAUAGAAGUAGUCUUGGGGUGGUUCUCCAGCAGCUGGCACCUUUUCUUGCUCGUGCGACACAAAUCGAACAUUUAUCUUUCGGUCUAGUAUCCGAGGCUGAUCUCAACUCUGUACAACGACUCCUGAUCCCGUCAUUCCUAAUAUACGAAGAUUUGCAAGCUGACCUUUUGUCAUGGAACCUUCUCCCCAACCUUCACCACCUCACACUUGUAUUUGGCUCUAACUCUCUAAUGUCACCUGGUAGAUUCCUUUCGCUCUUGAAAGAAAUCUUCACGGAUCGCAUACGAUUCGGGAUGGACGCCAAAUUGAAACUCUCCCUCUCCCCAAAUUUAUUCCACAUUGUGAGCGAGGCCUGGUCCAUCGGAGAUUUGGUCGAACAAUUGGAAUGUGUACCAGAGGAGUUAGCCCCAGUGGACAAUAGUGCCACACUUUGUGAAUGGUGUCGUUAUUGAAUGAUUCUUGUGUCUAGCAACCUAACUUUCCAACCCAAUUCAACCCAAAAACAAAAAACUAUUAGAAUGUGGAUUCUAUUUACAUCGGGCUUUGGGCGCUUUGGUGCUUUGGUUCAUUAGAAACUCCGUUGUGCGACGAUGUUGCCACUCGGUGACAUUGCGUAUAUACGAGUGUGAUAUUUGGAACUCUCUCUCCCUCAAAUCUCUCAUUAGAGUCUGAGGUAAGAACGAUAUCUUCUUUUUCCAACUCAUGUAUUACUCGUGUCGCGACAUGGGUAUACUAUCUACAAUAUAUC